CAGUAUAUCUUUUACAGGCAGUGAUGGGGCAGAUACAGAAGAGAGACUGGUGGAGCAUCUUCUUAAUCCAGCCCAUUACAACAAACUGAUCCGACCAGCGACUAAUGGUUCAGAACUGGUGACAGUACAGUUAAUGGUCUCGCUGGCACAGCUCAUCAGUGUGCAUGAGAGAGAACAGAUCAUGACCACCAACGUCUGGCUUACACAGGAGUGGCAGGACUAUCGGCUAAUAUGGAACCCAGAUGAGUUUGAUGGCAUGAAGAAGGUCCGUCUUCCCUCCAAACAUAUUUGGUUACCUGAUGUUGUUCUUUACAACAAUGCUGAUGGCAUGUAUGAGGUGUCUUUCUACUCCAAUGCUGUCGUUUCCUACGAUGGAAGCGUCUUCUGGUUGCCACCAGCGAUCUAUAAGAGUGCCUGUAAAAUUGAGGUGAAGCACUUCCCUUUCGACCAGCAGAACUGCACGCUGAGUUUCCGCUCGUGGACCUAUGACCGCACAGAAGUGGACCUGGUUCUGCGUGCGGAUGUGGCUAGCAUGGACGAUUUCACACCCAGCGGCGAGUGGGACAUCAUUGCUCUCCCCGGCCGUCGAAACGAGAACCCCUCAGACCCAACCUAUGUAGACAUCACCUAUGACUUCAUCAUCCGGCGCAAACCCCUCUUUUACACCAUCAACCUCAUCAUACCUUGUGUCCUCAUCACCUCGCUGGCCAUCCUAGUGUUCUACCUUCCAUCGGACUGCGGGGAGAAGAUGACACUCUGCAUCUCUGUGCUCCUGGCCCUCACUGUGUUCCUGCUGCUGAUCUCCAAAAUCGUGCCGCCCACGUCUCUUGACGUCCCUCUGGUCGGGAAGUAUCUGAUGUUCACCAUGGUGCUUGUCACAUUCUCCAUUGUGACAAGCGUGUGCGUGCUGAACGUGCAUCAUCGGUCGCCCACCACACACACAAUGCCUCCAUGGGUGAAGUUGGUGUUCCUCAACAAGUUACCCGCCUUGCUCUUCAUGCGGCAGCCACGCAACAGCAGCGAGCGGCAGCGUUUGCGCCAACGCCGGCGUGCCAACGAACAGCAGGAAGGUGGGAGAGGGGGUCUGGCAGCUGGGCUCAUGGCGGGGCUGGGCCUGGGUGGCUCUUCAACGGGGAGCAAAGAGAACAAUGAAGCGUGCACAUGCUAUGUAAACCGGGCCUCAGUUAAACAGUUUGGGGCAGAGUUGGGUGUUGGGGGUGGUGGAGGGGGGUCGACAGAUGGACUAAAUGGGAUAAGGGAAGGAGGGAGAGAGGCCAGGGAAGGAGGUUCAAAUCCUUUGCAAAGCUCUGCUCUACCUCGGGCAAAGCCGCAGCCCCCUACGGUCCUCACCCAGGCUCUGCUGGCCCAGGCCUGCCCAGGGUUCGAAGAGGCUGUAGACGGAGUCCGCUUCAUCGCAACCCACAUGAAGAGCGAGGAUGACGACCGUAGUGUGAGUGAGGACUGGAAGUAUGUCGCCAUGGUGAUCGAUCGUCUGUUUCUCUGGAUCUUUGUGUUUGUGUGUGUCUUUGGAACAAUCGGGAUGUUCCUUCAGCCUCUGUUCCAAAACUACACAGCCAAAACUAUCACCAGCACACCCGGCUGACUGACCCGCCACAACAAUGGACGCUAUACACCAUCAUUUGUGAUAGGAGGGCGAAGGGAGGAGGGGGGGUCUGCCGAAGGAGAGGGCAAAUGUCACUCUGGACUAACCUUAGGUUUAUACAAACUUUUUUUGGAAUCUCACAAAGAGUGGAGAUUUAGUCCAGGAUACUCUUACAGGCCUCUUAUCCAGUCCACCUUCCCCUUCUUUUAGGUGAAAAACCACACAAGCCAAUUGGAGAGAACGGAAACACCUGUUUACUUUGCUCAGCAGCCAAUCAGCACUCUUCUCUGCAAAUAGAAAAGCCAUCCACCGCCCACAAGCUCCGAAACGAGCAGUCUGCUUCCUCAAGAGUCACGUGACUUGUUACCUGUACAUGCAAGUUAGUCAGACAGGGAUGAACUUAAAUGCCCAUCAUUU